AGAUGGUAGUGAUGACAUACGACCAGAUGUUAUCUGCAUUACUGGUUCUACUUGUAUUAUUAUUUACAGAAGUGAACACGGUGCUAAGUCAUUCCCCUAAACUGGCUGCAGAUAAGGACGAGCGGCAGGAAGCACUGUGCUCUGUCUGUGUCGCUCUGAUCAAUGUUAUUUAUGUAGCUCAAGGAGGCAAGAGAGUAGACAUGCAAAUGUAAGGAAGAAGAGGCUUUCGUGACAAGGACCGUCAUUUCGAGGAUACUCUUCUCCGAAGUGGAAACAAAAAAUACAGUUUACGAUUAAACGGGUUUAUUUACAAUUUACAGAUGGAAUUUGAGCUUGAAUCUGAAAAGCAACAUUACCAAAACGUGAAUUCUUCAGAGAAAAUUAAAUGGGAAAAAACACUCGGUUCUUUUUUUUUCUGCCAGUUGCCUCUUGAUAAAUGAAACCUGGUAGACCGAAGCUGUAAUCUGAAGUUUAUGGAGAUAAUAUUUUACCUGUGCUCAGCUCUCUUUCUCCCUAUCUCCCCAGUCGCUGGCGGCUCAUUCCGAAUCGGAGUUGGCAGCAACUCCUCCAGCGCCUAUGAGAAGAAUAUCCUCCCGUGCCGAAAGGAGGAGCUCCAGUGUGGUAAGGGGCUCUGCUUCAUUAACUGGCUGAUAUGUCACUAUAAGAAGGACUGUGGCAGGGAGUUGAUGUCGAUCAAACUGAUCUGCUCAGAAGUGAGCUCGAACCAGAGCGGUCCGGUCAAUGAGUACCCCAACUACAGGGAGGGCGGCAGCGACGCCAGCCUGCUGGUGUCGCCCCUGGUGGUUGCGGGCAUCGUCAUCGGCCUGGUGCUCUUCCUGUCUUGCGUCACCAUCAUCAUUGGCAGCCUACGCAAAGAUAGCCAGCUUCACAACCCCCACCUGCGCACAGAGGCCAACUACGCUCCUGAUGGCUUUUCCUACGCAAGCUCUAUCGGGGAGCUGAGGUCGGCCUGCAUUGAGGAAUUCCCACCAGCCUUCGAUUUCGACUCCUACGUGGAGACGUUGUCCCAAGUCAACAUGAUGUACCCUGACUCUCCACCCCACUACGAGGAAUGCGUGGGGCCCGGUGCAACGCAGAUAUACAUUCCCACAGAUGACCCUCCCCCUUACUCUCUGAACGACCCCUGUCAAGGGAGCGAGCCACCACAUACCUGCUUGGAAAUGGAGGAGGCCUCGUGGGUAACAGGAAGUGCCUCCGGGUAUCCAAUCAGACUGCAGGAAAUCAGGCAGCAGCCAAUCUCCUCCAUCUCACUCCCCCUAGAGGAGGCACCUCCGUACGAGGUGGUCGUCUCCAACCAGAACCUGCCCCUUCCUAUGAUCCCACUGGACCUGCUCAAGCACACAGCCCACAAGUACCAUCAGCAGCAACCCAUUAUCCACAGGAUCCUGUAAAUACUCUGCCCUAAGACACUCCUACAGCAAAGUUUGUUUUGUUUGGGUUUUGUGUCUAGUUUACAGAAAGUCCGGAGAAAAGGUGCAGUUAUUUACCCCUGGAAUCAUCUAUAUCAGGAAGCUUUAGCCUUGUGUAUCCCUGUAUCAAGUCUAUUUUCUGAUUCUGCACGAUACUCUGCUACACUGCUCUCUCAUGAAUUGGUGCAGUCAACAAUCAGGACUGUUUGACGAGGAAGGUAGAUGCUGAGGGCUUUUCAGAUUGCUGACAUUUUAUUAUUGUUGAGUGGUUCCGUAUACAGUUUUCUGAAUGGUUACGAGAUUGAAGUGACUCAGCAUAAUUUUUGAUUUUCUCUGAUCUGCUUUUGCCGCAGGCUGUCCCGAUCCAGAACCUUUGUUGUAUUCAGUGGCCUGGCAAUCUCUGACACUUUUAAUUUCACAGAGCUUCCAGAAGAGGGUAGCGUGGAAUAGUUUUUUGACACAAAAGCCACUGUUUCAGAAUGGUGAGAAACACAGUGAAGGAAGUCUGGACUGAUUCCAGCUAAAUACAAGAACACUUUUCAAAUGGGUAAACUGCUCCCAUAUCGGCUAUGCUUACUGCUCUAUAUAUAGUGUAUGAAAUUGUCUUGGAAAUGAUCCCCAAAUCUGCAGUAGCAAAACAAUUCAACAAGACCAAAUGAAUAUUCGAUGUAUAAGGCCAGACGUGCUGAGUUUUGAUACCAGUAUUGAGACUACCAUAUAAACAUUAUAGUCUGUUGCGUAUUGUAUAAUAUCUCUAAAAGUCUGAACUCAUUACAUGACAAGGUUUUUUUGGGGGUAGGAUUGUAUUUCUCUCAGUGCCUAGUUUUUGAAGGAUUUGGUAUUGCAAAGCUUCACAAAGUUGACAAGCAUAAGCACUCUUGGUAGACUGUUAGGCUACUUUCCUGUUCGAUAGAUUCAUUUAAAUAAUAGAGAAAGUGUGUAAAAAUCAAUAUAGAAGGUACAACAGUUAGGAAAAUGUGAUGCCCAUAUGCAAAAACAACUGCAAGAGUUUUGCAGUGUAAUUGUAGGGCAGGUUUUUUUUCUGAAGGUCAAUACAUCUCCUCUUUAUUUUCUGAAAUUCUAAUACAUCUUAAACUGCAGUUGAAGGAGUGGAGGUAAACCACAUUCUAACUGCAUCUCACAAUUCUUAGCUGCACUGCCUCUGCAGUGUAGCUAACAACCAGUGGAAAGAUACUAAAGAACAGUAACGUAUAUUACCCUCAGUGAGGGUCCCUUAGCAGUUACACCCGGGACUAGCAUUAUUCUAGACAUUCGUAACAAGAAAGUUCUGGUGUACGAAUCUUGUGGAUGUUGAGUGUUAUUAAAGGUAUUGUGAUUAUGACCUCCUCAACUCCCCAUCACCCCUGUUACAACUCAUUCAACAGCUCCCCCAUAGAGGCUAUAUAAACCAUGAAUAGAUAUUUAUUAGUCAGGACAGAAAUUAAACUUAUCAAAUCUACGUGGUGUAAACAUUUCGUUUAGCUAUGUGUUUGAAAUGGUCUGCUACCAACAGCACACCUGCCUAGUCCUCUAUUUACCAACAUAACCGAAUCUGGAGUAUUUGUCUUUUCUGCACGUCUGAUGUACAGUGCUGUAUCAAAACCAUCGUCCUCCUUACUCAGAAUUCAGACUAGUGUUAUUAUUCACCACAUGGACUAACUGGAUUUGAAUCUGACAACCUAGUUUGUGUGUUUAGUAUAGAGGGAGUUAUACUGUAUCAUUUGAGUGCAGUGACACCCAGUGGCAUCAGCUGCAUCACCUCCCACUGAAAAGUAACUGCAGUGUAGUGUAUAGUGAAUGUGUAUUAAACUGAGACUAAUACCUGUACAGCGCUGUAGCUGCAGGUUAGCUUUCACUGUAACUACAAUGAUUCUUAAAUGUAAGAGGUGUUGGGACAAAUGUAAUGUUUGAAUAUUCUUUCUAAAGUUAGAUCAAUUCUACCCCCUUUUUUUUGUAAUUUCCAUGAAACUCACAUUUAGACAUCAUAAAUUGUAGCAAUGGUAUACCUGACAAAUGGUUUCCAGUUCCCUGACUGAGAGUACGUAGCUGGAGUUUACUGGGCUUGACCUGUUAGCACAUGCAUGCAUCAGUUAAUGUGUGUUACACACAGACCAAGCAUUGCUAACGUUCUCUUAACUAGACCAUUAAAGGAGAUCACACCUUAUCACCUGGGGGUGGAAUAAUAAUUCUAAGAACUUAGUUCAAGAUUUCAACAUGUUGGUCCAAGAUUUUUUUGUUUCUUGUAGUAUUACUACAAUCAAAUGUUGUACUGGUAUAUUUGAGCCACUGUCAGGUUAAAUUAACAUGGUCAUGUCAAGCAACUUUUCAAAAGUUCAAAUAUUGAAAUAGUUGUCCCAGCACACAAUUGUAACUGCUGUUUAACAUCACUUGUUAUAGUGGUCUGCAAUUGAAACAAAGGUAAAUUGCAGUCCAGUUAUUGGUAGAUUAUACCAAUUUCACUGCCGUUUAUUUUCUUGUGGGUUUACAUUGUAACAUAUCCCAGCACACACCAAGGACAAGAGGAAGGCAUGUACACCCCAUGUAUUGUGUGUCUCUAUUUCUAUGGUCAAUUAUUGUUAUUAGUAAUAAUGACUCGUGUUUCCUAUUACUGGAAUCGUACGUGUAUUUUCAUGGUUUGUAUUAGAGCUUUUCUUCCUUUCUUAUACUCUGGAAAAUAAAUAUUUAAGACUUGG